AUGCGCACGCAUACCAAAGGCAGCUCAUCGGGGCGACAAGCGCCAUUGAAGGAUAGCAAAGUCCAUGGCCCGACCCAGAAGACUCUGAAGACGGCCCAACUCAAGCCCUUGGCGUCUCUUCCCCAGCAUCUCUGGAUGGGAGAUUUUACCGUCGACAAAAGAGCCGUCAGAGCUGUUGCUCGCAGGAGAUUAUUUCUAACUCUGUUUCUAUUGGAAAGCGUAUCAGGCCCGCUCUCCUCGAGCGUAGAAAAAUCCGCUUUUGUGGACGGCCUACAGGCCAAGAUAGAAGCCCAGCUUGCCGCCUUCCAGAAACAGCUGCGUGAAAAUAUGCACGCCGAGUUACAAGCCUUCCGGAACGCAAGAUCGACCCCUGCUUAUACUAAACUUAUUUCACUUCCAGUAGAUAUUGUCGAGAUUAAGAGCGAGAGCGAGAACGAGGAUGACCAAUGUCCCGUACAGUCUCGAGCACUUUCAAACGCCGAUCUCAAGAGCGAGGAUGAUGGGCCAGAUGCUUCUGGUUUGGGACACCCGGACCAGCCAGAAUGGCUGAAGCAAACAGUAGAGGAUCUUUCCCUGAUACUCAGCCAAGCCCUCAACCCGAAUUUUCAUCAAGAUCAGCAUUCCAAGAAAGCCCAGCUCUCGCCGUUCCGCAACAAAAACCGAACACCUUCUGCCUCGCCGCCCAAGUCAACAUGGCUCGAGACUGUCUUGCAUUUAUAUUUCGGUACAUUCCGAGAUUCGCGUGAUGCGGACCGGCUCUGUGGGAGCGAGAUGACUCUUGUUAAUCGCCACUCCAAGGAAUACUGGGCUGAGCAGCUAGAUCAAAAUUAUGGCGCCAAAUCUAGAAUAGCACUCAGCACUCUGAUUUUCAAGUGGCCCGAGAAUGCCGUCGGGUGGAUACACAAAAAGACAAAAAAACUCGUACCAGCUCGAGAAGAAGAGCUCGGAAAACCGAUGAUCCAAGAAAUUACUACAAACACUAAGGAGGAAGCGCAGGAAAUCACGGUUGAAGAAGUGAUGGAUGCCUGGGAUAGAGUACUGCUUCCUGCCCGCGGAACCGAACUGGAUAUCGUUUAUUGCAAUCUCUCUAACGAGAACUUAUCGAUAGGUUCAAUCUCGGCUCUCCAGACUCUCGAAAGAGCUAGAGGUUCGUAA